UGAAAGGAAGAAAACAAAUGGACCCAAUAACAGCUCAUGGCCGCUCUCUUCCUCCUCCUUUCCUCACAAGAGAUCUUCGUCUAAAUCCCCACCAUCAAUUUCAACAUCAACACCAACAACAAAACUCUGAAGAUGAACAAAACCGUGGCCAGAAACGAGAUCGGGAAGAAACAGCCGCUACCACGACCGCUACUGCUACUACUGACAGGAGUGAAGGCAAAGAACUAGCCAUAGUCCCUGGAACAGAAGAUGAAAUCACACGAAGACCACGAGGCAGACCUGCGGGUUCCAAGAACAAGCCUAAGCCUCCGAUCAUCAUAACCCGUGAUAGUGCCAAUGCCCUCCGAUCCCAUGUUAUGGAGAUUGCCAACGGCUGUGAUAUUAUGGAGAGUGUUUCAACUUUUGCCAGGCGAAGACAAAGAGGGGUUUGCAUUUUGAGUGGGAGCGGAACUGUAACAAAUGUAACCUUAAGGCAACCUGGAGCUCCUGGUGCAGUUGUGACUUUACAAGGAAGAUUCGAAAUUUUAUCACUUUCUGGGUCAUUUUUACCUCCUCCAGCACCACCGGCUGCAUCGGCUUUGACCAUAUACUUAGCCGGCGGUCAAGGUCAAGUAGUUGGAGGAACCGUGGUGAGUCCACUUGUUGCUUCAGGUCCGGUGGUGAUUAUGGCAGCUUCUUUUGGUAAUGCGGCGUAUGAAAGGCUUCCAUUGGAGGAAGAGGAACAACCCGAGGCGCCGAUUCCUGGAAGUGGACCCUUAGGGUCACCAGGAAGCAUGGUUAGCCAUCAGCAGCAACAGCAACAGCAACUAUUGCAAGAUCCGAACGGAUCCUUUGUUCAAGGGCUGCCACCAAAUCUUCUAAAUUCAGUCCAGUUGCCAGCUGAGGCCUACUGGGGCACAGGUCGUCCCCCUUUUUAACAAAACAGAUAGUUCCGGUUUUUUUUUUUUUCUUUUUUUCUCCUUAAUUACCCCCUUUUCACCUCUCUUGUUAGUUUGACCUUUUGAUCACCUUUCAUUCUUCUUCUUUUAUAGGAUAGUUAAUGUUUUAAUUUAAGUCUUAAGGAUGUUGAUCAUGGGAUUCAUCUGGCUUUGAUUUGAAGAAGGAUGUACAAAUUUCAUGGAUUUCUCUGGUGGGUUUUUCUUCCUUUUUCUAUUAGGAGUAUUUUAUAAGAAUAACUUUUUUUUUUCAGUUGUCCUCAUUAUAGUAGCUUAACGAUGAAGAAGCACCAGAAGAUGGCAGUCAUUUCUUUCUCCAUC